GCCGCGGGCCAACGAGCGAGGCGGCCACGAGAUGGCGACGCCUCCCCGAGCGACGCCGGGGCGGUGGAAGGGAAAAAAAGAGAUCCCGCUCUCAAGUCUCGCGAGAGGCAGCGGGACUGUUCGCCGGGCUUUGGCGCCAGGCGCGAAAGAGAGGCUGCGCGGAGGUGCCACUGGGUGGUCGCCAUGGAGGCUCCCGCCGAGCGGACGGUGGCCGGGAGGGCCGCGAACUUGCCUUGGGUUGAAAAAUACCGACCUCAGACACUGAAUGAUUUGAUUUCCCACCAGGACAUUCUGAGUACCAACGCCAAGAAUGGUGUGCUGAAUGCUUCAGAUGAUCGAGGAAUUGAAAUUGUCAGAGGGCCAAUCCUGAGUUUUGCCAGCACAAGAACCAUAUUUAAGAAAGGCUUUAAGAUGGUGAUAUUGGAUGAAGCAGAUGCCAUGACGCAGGAAGCGCAGAAUGCCCUCAGGCGUGUGAUAGAGAAAUUCACAGAGAACACCCGAUUUUGUCUGAUCUGCAACUAUCUCUCUAAGAUCAUCCCAGCCUUGCAAUCCAGAUGCACCAGAUUCCGCUUUGGCCCUCUCACUCCAGAACUCAUGAUCCCCAGGUUGCAACAUGUCAUUGAGAAGGAGAAAGUUGACGUCACUGACGAUGGCAUGAAGGCGCUGGUGACACUCUCUAAUGGUGAUAUGCGCAGAUCUCUGAACAUCUUACAAAGCACAAACAUGGCCUUUGGAAAGGUGACGGAGGCGACCGUCUAUACCUGCACAGGGCAACCACUCAGGUCAGACAUCGCGAACAUCCUUGACUGGAUGCUGAACCAAGAUUUUACCACUGCCUAUCACAAUAUCAUGGAAUUGAAGACAUUGAAGGGUUUAGCUUUGCAUGACAUCUUGACAGAAAUUCACCUGUUCAUCCACCGAGUUGACUUUCCACCAUCUGUUCGAAUCCAACUGCUGAUCAAGUUGGCCGAUAUUGAGUAUCGACUGGCUGCAGGGACCAGCGAGAAGAUUCAGCUGGGAGCUCUGGUUGGUGCCUUCCAGGUCACCAGAGACCUAAUUGCAGCGGAGGCAUAGGAAAGCUGCUUUUGCAGUCGUUCAGAAGCUUCAAUUUGCAGCAGCCUUUCUGUUGCAACUUCAGUGGACUGAAAGUGGUUUACAAGUUGCUCUGCAGAGUUCCAGAAAAGGCUUGAGUCUUUCUUCGUCUUUCUCCCUCUGAUACCUCCCAUGCAUUGAUCUGAUUUCUCCAGGAGGGAGAGGGAUCACUCUGUCUCUGCUAGAAUAUAGUGGAAGGGUCCAGAGUAUAUUAAUAACAGAACUGGGCUCCCAACAAGGACAAGACAGCUCUUCAAACUGGUCUCUCUGACUUGCAUCUGAUGUGCUGGGACAGAGUUCCUUGGAUAAACCUAGAAUUCAGAAUCUUGGCCAUAAAAAGCAAAUAUCUGCUCUAAUCCAGAGGAUUUGAGGAGGCCUCUAACCUGUUGAGGAUCUGGAGUCUUCUCUCAGGCUCCUCCAUAAAUGGCUACAGUGAAAUGAAUCCUCACAGUUACCUCUGCUCAGCAAUCUGAAACCGACCUGGGAUUGCCAAAGUCAGCCAUACUUAAGCAGCAUUUGUGGGUGCUGCCUGAGACCAGUCUUCUUCCUGGGAGGAGACAGUUUCCAUCUGGAAAAUCUCAUCCUCCUCUCUUUUUGGUGAUAGAUUGAUGGAACAUUGUGUGUUGCCCCCACCACAUACUUCUUUGCCAUAAGUCAAGAGUUUUUUUUAAAAAAGACUCCUGUUGUGGUUAGGAGUUGGGGCCAUUAUCUUUUUUACCGUGCUAGAAGGUAGUAACAGUAUAAACAUAAUAAUAAAGCUAUAUUUUGUAUCUGG